GGGGGCACCCGGGAGCGCGCUCAGGCGGGGCCGCGCGGCGGCAGCGCGCGCAACGGCAGCUGGGUGCCCGGAGGGGGCCACCGCCAGCAUCGGCCGCGCCGGCCAUGGAUCCCUUCCCCAAAGAGGGCGAGGGCGCGGCGGCCGGGGAGCCCAGCCGGGGCGCUGCCCCCUCCAGCGGGGUGGUGGUGCAGGUGCGGGAGAAGAAGGGCCCCCUGCGCGCCGCCAUCCCCUACAUGCCGUUCCCCGUGGCUGUCAUCUGCCUCUUCCUCAACACCUUCGUGCCGGGGCUGGGAACAUUUGUAUCUGCUUUCACCGUGCUGUGCGGAGCCCGGACCGACCUCCCCGACAGGCACAUGUGUUGUGUCUUCUGGCUGAACAUUGCCGCUGCUCUGAUUCAGAUCCUGACGGCGAUCGUGAUGGUUGGCUGGAUUAUGAGUAUAUUUUGGGGGAUGGACAUGGUCAUUCUCGCAAGCUACAAGGAACAGGGGAUCCCACAGCAGCUGUAGUGGCUGGGACAAGUAUGGUCAGAGAAACACGGCGAGAGAUUUCCUUUGGCAGCUGUGGGCCACGGACCUUUUCAUUACCCUUUGUCUCUCUUCUUCCCUUUCUUUUGUUUCGUUACGUUUGAACCCGGUUCAUCUGCCCGUCCAGCGGAGCGGAGGUGCAGAGCAGCCGACGGAGACUUGCACUGAUCCCACUGAGCAGCGGAGAUGGGGCAAGCACAGCAUGGGUUAGGACUGGCCCUGGCCAGCACACGGUGGGCGGCCGAUGAGGAGGAGGAAGGUGCCAGGAGAAGGAGACAUCCCUGGCGAAGGUGGCACCUGAGCCGGGGGAGCGGGAGAUGCUGCUUUCUCUCUCCUCCCAGGGGGAAGUAGCCGAAGACGUUUUGCCUCCUUUUUAUGCUCACCGUUAAAGGAAACCGGCUGUGAACAUCAACUGCCAAGGAGCUAUCAAUAGAUAUAUGUACAGUAUGUAAAAGCAAACCAGUGGUACUUUUUUCCCUCCCUGAGAAUCCAUCCUUGACUGCUUUGCGGUAGUGGAGAGCUCAGCCCAGCCUCCUCUGCUGUCUGUGUACAUAUGAUGCUCAAUGAAGCUCUGUCCUUGCAGAUGUCUUGAGAAACGCGCUUGCUGUAAAUUGUAUUGUACUGCUGAACUGACCGGGGCCGUCCCCUGCUUCCAUCCGCUGGCACUAUGUGAAGACCAGACCUCCCACCGGCCCCUGGGGAUGCUUUAUCUAGCAAGGGACCGGUGCCCCGCAGCACCUUGCCUCUAGGGUGGUGGGCACAGCCCACAUGCUGUCAAAAACUUCUAGUGUAAAACAAUACCAGAGGAGCAAAAAAAAAAAAAAGAAAA